AAUGUAUGCCACGUCUGCACUACAAUGCAGUCAAUGUAUAUGUAGUGUAUGUGUAGUGUUGUAUGUGUUAAGUGUUUGACAUUUUGAAGUCUACAGUAUUUGAUGAUAUGUUUUGUUGUAUUCAAUGAUUGAGUGAUCAGUUGAGUACUGAUUUGAGUGACAUUUAUAACAUUUAGUGACCAAUUGUGGUGAUGUCUGUUGUGUUGAUGGUUUCAAUCAUGUGAUUGAUUGGUCAUAUAAGUCAAAUGAAUUGGUGAAAUUGACAAUUAAGACAAUCGACACAAUUGAUGGUCAUAUGGUAUCGAUAAUCAGCAAAAUAUAUGAAAAAAAUGUUGAACUCGACGGCCACUCCAUUGACGGGACUGUCAUCUCUGUCAGGUCCGCCUUAUUUCGUCGAUUUACACGUAAAUCCGGGCGAAUCCGUUUCAAUACAACUUUUUGAUGGCAAUGAGACUGUACUUCGAGGACCGGCUACUAUCACAAUGAUAUCUCAGCAUACAUUCCCUCCCAUCCCAAUGCCAGUUCAGGUACCCCCAGGACAUAUGAUACAACAAAUAGUUGAUGAAAAUGGACAACUUCGACAAAUAAUCCUAUCAGCGCAUCCAAAUGGCAACAGUAAUACACCAAACAAUGCAAUUAUGCCUCAACAACACCAACAACAACCAUCUAAUAACCAGCCGUUUCCAUAUUGUUGUUGUUGUAGUUAUAGUUGUAUGGGGACUCCACAGACAGCACCAAUGCCACAGCCAUUACCGCCGCCACCACCCCCUCAGUCAUUACGACACAAUAUAUUAACUUUUCCGACACAAACCACUCGUAGAAAUCAUUCGUUUUCUAACAGAACUUAUUCUCCGGCGGUUAAACGAUCGGCGCAAACCUAUCUGAACAACAAUUCAAUUGGAAAGUCUCCGAUUCGGCACAAAUUGAACGCAACACCCGGUGCUUCUGUGGAUGGGGUCACGAAAGUUAGCUUUUCUAAUAACAAACUGACGACACCUGAUAGUAAACCGUAUGAAUUCAAUACUAAUCGAGUUGUUGUCGGAAGAAUGGCUCAAAAUGAAACCGAUUGUCUGUCUUUUUCGGACUCAAAAAAUGCUAUAAACAAAACGUUUAAUACGGUUAACAAGCAAAUGAUUGCUCACAGUAUUAAUGAUAAAGAACUUAUUGAAAGCAAUGGUCCGAUUCUAUCAGCUCCACGACCUGCCCCUCCAUUCUCCUAUACAAGACUGGAUGAGCAUAAUCAUCAAAAUCAUCAAUUGAAUCAUUCAAUCGACAAUUGUUCGCAUUUCGAAUCUUCAGACAAACCAAUUCUUUUGGAAAUCAAUCUCUCUUCCAAUGAUUCCAGAGUUUCUAACAAUAUUAAUGAGGAUAUUGUUGAAGAAGAUGAAGACGAAGAAGAAGUUGAAAGCCAUGGAAUAAACGAACAAAAAGAUUUAGCCAAUAAAUAUAACAAUCAAAACAAAUUAGAUUUUGAUAAUAAUUUAUUAAACAAAAGAAAUGAUAAUGAAAUUGAAACGUUGCGAUUGAAAGAACAAUUUAGGUGUCAAACACAUGAAUCACACGAAGAAUCUCUUAGUAACGAAUUAAAUGACAACAAGUCUGAAGAAGAUUGUAAUGAAGUUAGUGAACAAACCAACGAUAAAAACUUGAUUAACAUUAGGAAUAGUAAUACUCUGAAUGAAAUUGAAACCAACUCUUGCAUAUCAAAUGUAAUGCAAGACAAUCAACACGAUGUCAAUCUCAAGAAUGAGUCAAAUGAACAGUCUUUCAAUAGAUUACAGACUAAUCUGUUCACAGACUUAUUAAAUGAUAGUAUUAAUCAAAAUGAAAAUGAUUUAAACAAAUCUGAAGUUGACAAAGAAGUGAUGGAAAUCGAUGAAAAUCAUGAAUUGUCGUCCGAUGAGAACCACACUAAAGAAAGUAUUAGUAAAUUAAGUGAUGACGAAAAUGAAGAUUUGGAUAAUAGUAAUAAAUUAGUAACUGAUAAUGUGGUGCCAACACAGAUAACACCGCAGAGGUCUCCCAAGCAUUUACUGCCUCAACUGGAACUUCUAAAUCUAACCUAUACUUCAUUAACUGCCAAUACAGUAAAGUUAAAGUGGACACACACUGAACCACAUUCUUCAGGAGACAAUCUCUACGCCAAACACUUUGUUGUGGAAAUGUUACCCAAUAAGUGGACGGCCGCAGAAAAUGAACCGGUAUCGGGAAGUCAGCCAAACGGAACCAGUUUUCGGGUUGUAUAUCAGGGCCACUCAAACAAUUGUCGUAUUUCACAUCUGACAUCUCAACAACAAUAUUCAUUUAGAGUGCGCACAACUUGUGAAGAGCAUCUGGUUGUCAGUAAUGUACUCACCAUUACUACACCUGAACAACAACCUAUCAAUAAUAAAUACAACAAAAAGAGUCGCCGAGAGAUACUUCAACAACAGAUCCAACAACAACAGCAACAGAUUCAUCAACAGCAGCUUCUUCUUCAACAACAACAGCAUUUGCAACAAAACUCGAAUUCGACAAACACUGAGAAAAGCGAACCGACCAUCAGUUCAGACCAGAGGUGUGCAAUACUUCUUCUUUUGUUGUUCACUCUCUUUGCUCUCAUUGUUGCUGUUCUUAUACAACAACUACUAUCCGACAACUAAUUAACAGUUGUUUUAAUUGGUUACCUGUUUAUCAAAUUCUAAAUAUUACUAUAAUUAUAAUUAUUAAUAUUAUAA